AUGCGCUUCGCACUUAUCCUCAGUGCCCUUCUCUCCGCCGCCCUGGCUGCUCCGGUGGCGCUGCCCAUUAGCCUGGAAACAGGUCUUGAAGCACGCCAGAACAAUGCCGGCUCCACCUCGACAUCAACUACCAACAACAAUGGCCCGCUAAAUCUCGGUCUCGUUGGAGGUUCCGCCGCCGCGGCUGAAGACGGAUCAAGCACCAGUUCCACCAGCACAUCAGAGUGCGGCCUUCUCGACUGCUCCGCCGGCUCCAGCUCUGCAAGUCCAAACGGCACGUCUGCGUCCACCAGCGCUGGCAAGGGAUCAAGCGCCUCGUCCUCGUAG